UUAGAUACUCUGUGUGUCUGUAGCAGAAACAGGGCAACUUUUAAGCUCAGAUGUGCAAACAGCUUUAAAGGACUGAACAAUCUCUUGGCAGAUGCAUCAAGCAAAAAUCUGAAACUACAAACCAGGACUUCAUCAGAAGUGACAGAAAUCUGCCAAUAGGAGAGUUGCAGGAACCCUUGUCCCAAAAUGCCAUCUAUCCAGAUGCCACUGCUACUGCUCUGCCUGACCUUGUGUGGUGUUUACCUCAAUACGGGGCAGCCCCUUCCAGAGAGAAGUGAGAACAUGCGAAGAGGUCCCCUGGAUGACAUCCUGCAGAGAUCCGAAAGCCUUAUUCUUCAGUCUGUCUUCAAGAAAGCUGAAAAGGAAAAAGAGAUGAAUAAAGAAUCAAAUGCCCCUCUGCAAGAACGGCUUUCCAAAAGACAACACCCUUGGAAAAAGUACCUAAGUGACCUGGAGAAGAGACAGCACCCUGGAAAAAGAGAUGUUGAGGAAGAUGCAUCUUUUGGAGACAUUCAGAAGAGGCAGCAUCCAGGGAAAAGAGAAAUAGAAGAUGACCUUGGCAACUAUCUGGAGCUGAAAAAGCAACAGCAUCCUGGCAGAAGGUCAUUGUCAGAUCAGUAUGCUGAUAUCCCUAAUGCACAGCUAACCUACUUGAAAGAGUUAUCCAAAAGACAGCAUCCAGGCAGAAGGUAUCUGAUGUACAAGCAUCCUAGUAAAAGAGGCUGGAAUGAUGAGGUAGACCUAAAUGACCAACAUGGUGAGAAACGCCAGCACCCUGGAAAAAGACACUUGAAUUCUGACAGCACAGAUGAUGCAGGCCUCUGUAACUUUCAGGAGUCCUUCCCCUGUAACAAAGGCAGCUUGCUGCUUGAUUUAGUAGAAGAUGUUAGCAAAGACAGGGUAGAAGAAAAACGUCAGCACCCAGGAAAGAGAUCAGCAUGGGACAGUGAAACAGAGGAAUGAUAAAAUAAUUGUGUAUCAUUUGCAUUUGGUAAACUGCCAGAUCACUAAAAAAUUCUGUUCACUCCCAUCUGGCUUCCUGCUGCUGACCGCUAUACCUAUCUUUCAGUGCAUUAAUGUUCCCAUUUAAGUUAAUGGCUUUAUCACACACUUAGAGUAAAGGAACUAAAGGACCCAGUUGAACGGGACAGGCAAGUACUGAGAGUCAACUCCCACACUUUAGGAAGUUAAGAGUACUCAUAUCCUUAUGGGCCCAGACCCCAGAAUAAUCACACUAUGUGUGUCCAAUUUUCUUUUCCCAAAUGACUAAAAUGGGCUCUUAAAUAUCUGUUCUGAUGCUACUAAAUUGGAAUAAUUAUAUGGUUUCCUCUCACGUCAGUGAAAUAAGUAAAUUAAUAGAGAAGGAGAAAAAAGAACAACAUAUGCCAAUUAUUUCAGAAUGAAAUUGAAUAGGUUGUCGAUUCUAAAUUAUACAUUAAAGAGACCUGAACCCUUGCACAAUAAAAUCUUUCCAGACAGUAAGCACGAAACAGAGAUAGGAACUGUUCUAACUGGAACAGACUAGAUGACUGACUUCAUAGUUUGCCCUGGAACUGGCACAUAAAACCCCUUUUAAUCCGAGAGGCUGAACAGUGCAAAGGGUUAAUGCAUCCCAGGCCAUUUAAACCACAAGUUGUGAACCUGACUGCGUACACCCCAUACUAGAACUCCCACCCUGGUGCAUCUGCAUUUCAGUCACGCGACUUGAAAUCAUGCCUUUUCCUCAGACAUCCUUAAAAAAUUCCCCAAAAAGGAAACAAGCAGACAUCCUUUUCUUCCAGUAAGGAUUCAUGAUUUCUCUCCCCUCAAAUGAAUGCUUUUACUUUCUGUGAUCAGACUCCAAAAGUGUUUAUAUGAUAUGAAUGAUUCAAUAAACGUCAAUAGUCAA